AAGAUCAUAAAUAAGAAUCACAAACAAUAUUAUAGCACCAAUUCAUGAGUUGGCCAAUUUGAAGAUUUUGAGCACUCAAUAGUUGCACGCAUUGACAAUAUAAGAUGGAAGUUUCUCUUUCAUAAGUAAUCAAAAAGUUGUUUGCCGGUAAAAUUUGUCUCUUUAAUAAUCCCCUUUAUCUUUGUAUGACCAGUCCCCUUCUUUAUUCUUCCUCCUUUAAUUUACAUUUUAACCCCACCCACUUUAACUUGAACUUAAAUUAAAUCCUGUAACCGUUGAUAUCAUAUCAUUCUAACCUUAUUCUUUACAAAAUUCUUUUCAUACCUUAUAUUAAAAACUUCCCACCUUGGUUUUUUUCCUACCCAUUUCCAAAAUUUUCAACUCAAACAAAAUAUAAAACAUGGGACUCCUAGGCGACAUAAUAGGCAAGGUCAAAGACAAGGCGUCAAUAGGCAAAGCAGCCCUCCUCUCCCGCAACCACACCACGGCAGCGCUCCGUCUCACCGUGUUACGCGCAACCAGCCACGAGGCCGAUACACCACCCCAAGAAUCCCACCUUGCGGCAAUACUUGCCGCAGGAGAAGGUCCACGUACGGCAGCAGCCGUAGUGAUCGACGUUCUCAUGCGGCGACUUCACAAGACCUCUUCUUCAGCUGUAGCAAUAAAAUCACUCUUAGCUCUCCACGUCAUUGUCCGACGUGGAAACUUCAUAUUACACGACCAACUUUCUGUUUACCCCGCUAGUGGCGGGCGUAACUACCUUAAACUCUCCGAUUUUCGGGACAACUCGUCUCCGAUAACCUGGGAGUUGUCCACCUGGAUCAGGUGGUACGCCAAGUACCUGGAGCAGAUCUUGUCUAGCUCCAGGAUACUCGGGUAUUUUUUGUUUUCGACGUCGUGUAGCCUCGAGAGGGAAAAGGGUAAGGAAAUCAUCGCCUCGCUUUUAUGCAAGGACUUGUUAAGGGAGAUUGAUGGUUUGAUUAAUAUACUAGAGGAAAUUUGUAAGAGUCCUGAUUGUGUUCAUUUAGAGGGUAAUAAGUUGUUACUAGAAGUUAUGGGAUUAGUUGGUGAAGACUAUUUUACUACGGUAGAUGAGAUUGUUAUUCGAGUUGAGGAAUUCAAGGAACGAUUGAGUUGUUUGAGUUUUGUUGAUUCGGUUGAGCUGGUUUGUGCUCUUAAGAGGUUGGAGGACUGUAAGGAGAGGCUCGGCGCGUUGUUCGAGGUAAAUGGGUCGGGUUUGGUUGAGGAUUUGUGGUGUUUAGUGAGUGAGAUGAAGGAUAAAGUUGGAGAAGUGAAGGGGUUUAAGGAGGAGAAGAUGGUGCUAAGUUGGGGUAGGUUCGAGUCGGCUCGGUUCGGGGAGCGGGUUAAGCCUCAAGACUCGGUUCAGUUUGCGUCUAACCGGUUUGCGUUUCAGUUUGCUUAUGGUGAGCUUGUAAGGUGAGGUGAGGUGAUCUUAGUUAAUUUAGGAAAUUAAGGCUUCUUAAUUACUUUUAUUUUUUAUUUUAUUUUUUUGUGCUUUUUUGGGCGUAAUUGGUGGGGGGUAUGAGGAAGGGGGUUUACUUUUUGUAUGUAAAUCUCUGCAUUUUAGCAAAAUUUGUGACUAAUUUUGUUUUUUUAGAUUGGUUUAAAGGGAUGAUCGAUAUGUUUGUAUACUUUAUUAUUGAAUUGUCAACUUAAGUCCUAGUCUAAAAUUGGGAAAAUUUUUCUUCCCCUAUAACUUGUAUGUACUAUGACUACUAUCUCAAAUGUAACACUUUUCAUAUAA